AUGGAAGGAGUCGGUGCCGUUGCGAAUGUGAGGCGGGAAAUGUUACCUAUCAAAACCAUCUACGCCAACACCAAUUUGAGUAGAAGAACUGCAAUACUCCUGUCUUACGCAAUCUUCAUCAUUUCAAUAAUCAACUCGGUUGCAAUUGCCGGUGCGUCCGGCGCUCUUGGACCUCAUGUCCUCAAAGGCCUGAUCGACACCAAAUUCCAGGUCAAAAUCCUCACCAGAUCCAAGAAGCCUGGAGAAUUCGAUGCAUGCCCAGGUGUUGAAGUAGCGGAAGUGGACUUCACAUCCGUGGAGUCUUUGACUGCUGCACUCAAAGGCAUCGAUGCAGUGGUUUCCACCGUGGCCGGAACAGCCAUCAAGUACCAGACCGUGUUGAUUGACGCAGCUGCCGCUGCAGGAGUGAAGCGCUUCAUUCCCUCCGAGUAUGGCUCCGUCACCACGAACCCCAAGCUAGAAAAGUUCCCGCUCUAUGAGAAUGUGUUCAUGAUCAGACGCCACCUGCAAGAAAAGGCAGACGCAGGACUAAUGAGCUGGACGGUGCUCGCAUGCGGCGCCUUCAUGGAAUCCCUGCUCGUGCCAGGCGCAGCGGGCCUGCUUGAUUUCGCAGAGCGCAAAGCGCUCUUGCUCGACGAGGGUGACAACCGACUCAGUUGCAAUUCCCUUGCGACGUCCGGCAAGGCCAUCGCUGCAAUCUUGAAGAACACGAAGGCCACCAAAAAUCGGGUCGUGAAGAUUUCCGAGGUCAUCUUGACACCGAAUCAGCUGUUGAACAUGGCGCAGAGAAUGAGGCCCCAGGACAAAUGAGAGGUUACCAAGGUAGCUGCGAGUAAGGUCUUGAAAGAGGGUCUGGAUGGAAUCAGCGCGGGCGACUUUAGCCCGGCGACCAUUUAUAAGAUCAUCCAGGGUACGGGACUUGCAGGUGAAACGUACGGUAGUGCGUAUGAUGAGACUGACAACGAGCUUCUGGGAGUCAAGGAGUUGACGGAGGAAGAUUUGAAGAAGAUUGUGGCUGAGAAGCUUGCGUAGAGUUGGACUGUCAGGAAGAGGAUACGACGCACACUUAGAGUCGCAACUUAAGAAUAUAAAGAUCUCU